AUGCAGAGGCUCCUUCCGAGGUUUAGAUCGCUCUCAGGGCGCCAUGAUUGCUUUACAAAAACCUUCAAAAGAACAUUGCAUUCCAAUUCCGCCCCACAGUCCAUUAUUCUCGCAAAAUUAAACUCUCAAAUGCUCAAGCCUUCAACUCCAACCCCAGUACGAUGGAAAUCUCAGAAAGCAUCAGAUCAAUCGGAAAAGCCAAGUCCUCCCAACAGCGCGACUCACAAAUCCCAAACGAGUGACAAGCCGAGUCUGCAUUCAUUCAAGCUCAUCACAGAAAGGGAUAGAUUGUUGGUCCAAGCGACAAGUAUUUUACAAAAACUCAGGAUCAAUUUAAAGUGGACGCUUACCAGGUCGAUGAAACCUUUUAACUCUGAUGAUAUCAGUGCGUUUAUUUCUUGGGUGCUCGUCAGCAACGUUAUUCUAAUUAUCUUGGGAACUACAACGUUCGCGUCGCUAAUAAUAUAUCUGAUCAACUCGGUUUUCGCUCAAGAGUACGUGGCAACGCAUGUUGGAAAUCUUUUAACACAAAAUAGCUCACUCUCGGUAGUCUUUGAAAGUGCUAUUGUACCGGAUUGGGCAUCUGGUAAAAUCUGUUUCAACAAAGUGUUCGUGUCUCGUAGGCCCAUAGCGUCUCACAGUUUCACAAAAGGUUCUCAAAACGAAGCUGCCGAAAGAGCCAAACUUGCCAUCACAGAAAAAUUGCUUGUCAGUAGAGAAGAUUUUGAUGAUGGCAACUAUGCGCAAUUCGACUUGACCAUGGAUCAACUUGAAAUAUCUCUAAGCUUCAGCAAGUGGUUCAACGGCAAAGGAAUUUUGGACGAAGUUACAAUUAAUGGACUGCGUGGAGUGGUCGAUAGAACCCACGUAAUCUGGAAAGAAAAUGAUGACCCGAGAAAUUAUCUAAACGUGCACCAACCGGGCGAUUUUGAAAUCUCAAGAUUCGAGAUGAACGAUGUUCUGUUUACGCUAUAUCAGCCCAAUGGGUUCAGACCAUUUCAGGUUAGUUUGUUUAACUGCGAAUUGCCUCAACUCCGCAAACAUUGGCUUUUCUUCGAUUUCCUGAAUGCCAUCAACAUAAGCGGCACAUACGAUAAUUCGCUGUUUUCCAUUCAUAAGAAGUACAAAGCAGAUGAUUCCCAAACUAGCCCAUCGCCGUGGAAGAAAGUAACACGGAUGCGUGUGGAUAAUCUGAAUAUAGAUCAUUUGAACGCUGGUGUCGAAGGUCCCUUUGGCUGGAUCACUGAAGGCCAGGUCGACAUGCUUGGCGACAUUCUUCUUCCGGACAAAGAUCCGGAUGCUUUGCAGCUAAGCGAAAUGUUCAUGGUCAUUGGGCAGCGGCUUCUUAAGGAGGCACACCGCCAUUCUUCAAUUUUGCUCCCAGAGCCUUACCAAACACCAGAGCAGAAAGAUAUCGAUCCUCAGCAGUAUUUCAUAAUGGACUUUUUUCUAAGGCUUCAUAAUGUCACUGCAGAGGUACCAUUGUUCGACAAUGCCUUGAGCUACGUCAACAGUGCGCUUAUUAGGCCCAUAGUCGGCUACAUCAACUCAAGAAGAACUUACAUUCCUAUUCGAUGCCAGGUGGUUAAAGAAAUAUCCGAUUUUGAGGGUUCAUGGACCAGUUACGACUGCAGGCUAAUGGACGAUUUGAGCGCCGAAGUAUACGACGCUUUUGCUGAUUAUGUUGCAGAUGAUAACCGGAAAAAUUUACGUCUCAAGAGAAUCGGGUUUUGGUCUUUGCAGAUACUAGUGCAGCUCAUUCUCUUAAGUCUUGGGUCUAUAGCUUGA